AUGUUAUUAAGAAGAUCUAUUAUAAGAACAAGAACAACUUUUUCAAUUAUUCAAUCAAAUAGACAAUUUACAAAUACAUCACCUAAUUUAUUUUUUGAUAAAAAAUUACCAUCAAAAGAAGAACAAGAUGCUGCUUUCAAUAAAAUUAAAAAAGUAUUACUGGAAAAUCCAGAAUUAAUGGAGUUAACUAUUGAAUUUAAAAAAAUAUUAGAUAAAAAGGGUUUAUUAUCAAAUGGUGGUAAACCUUCAAUUACUCAAAUGAUGAAAUUAUUAGCUGAUAAAGAAGUUAGAGAUCAUGGAUCAAAAUUAAAAGAAUUUUUAGAUUCAAAAGAUACUGGGUUAACAAAAGAUGAAUUAGCUACUAUAACUGGUGCUUAUAUGUUUCAAGGUAAGGAUAUCAAUUAA